UAUUUCCACACUUGGAGUCCAGGCAAACCCUUCAAUCAGGCUUUAGAUCCAGCUACAGAUCCAUGCCUAAAGAUGAAAUGUCGUCGCCAUAAAGCGUGCGUUGCUCAGGAUUCUCAGACCGCAGUCUGUAUCAGUCACCGGCAGCUUACACACAGUAUGAAGGACAUUGGAAAAGGUCAUAAGCAAUGGAGGAGUCCCAUGUCAUCCACUUGCCAGCAGUGCCCUGUGGAUUACACCAACCCCCUUUGUGGUUCAGAUGGCCAUACGUACUAUUCUCAGUGCAAACUAGAAUAUCAGAGGAAAGCAUGCAGUGACCUGGAGUUCAGGGAAGUAGCAAGCAGAUUGCGAGAGUGGUUCAAGGCCCUUCAUGAAGGUGGAAGUCAGAAGAAAAAGCCGAAAGCUUUGCUGAGGCCUGAGAGAAGCGGAUUUGAUACUAGUAUUUUACCAAUUUGCAAAGAUUCACUUGGGUGGAUGUUUAACAGGCUUGAUACAAACUAUGACCUGCUACUGGACCAGUCAGAGCUGGGAAGCAUUUUCCUUGAUAAGAAUGAACAUUGUACCAAAGCAUUCUUCAAUUCUUGUGACACUUACAAAGAUAGCUUGAUAUCUAACAAUGAAUGGUGCUACUGUUUCCAGAGACAGCAAGAUCCACCUUGCCAGACAGAGCUCAGCAAUAUGCGGAAGCAGCAAGGGGUACAGAAGCUCGGAGGACUGUACAUCCCACUGUGUGAUGAAGAUGGAUAUUAUAAACCAACACAAUGCCGGGGAAGAGUCAGGCAGUGCUGGUGUGUUGAUAGAUAUGGAAAUGAAGUCACAGGAUCUAGAACAAAUGGUGUUGCAGACUGUGCUAACGAUUUUGAGAUCUCCGGGGAUUUUGCAAGUGGAGAUUUCCAUGAAUGGACUGAUAAUGAGGAUAAGGAAGAUGAUAUUAUGAAUGAGGAAGAUGAAAUUGAAGAUGAUGAUGAAGAUGAAGGAGAUGAUGAUGAUGGUGAUGAGCAUGAAGGAUAUAUUUGAUUGAUGGAAUCUGAGAUCUAUAAAUUCUACCUUGAUAAUAUUUGCAGAGUGAUAGCCUACUGUUGCCCAAAAAUACAAUGAUUCUGAACCUCACAUAUUUUGUAUAAUUUCAAAUAUUACAGCUAAAGUCAUGGGAUUUCAUGUUUAAAUAAGAAUCAUGCACUUUGAGUUUUUAUGUAACUUAUCAAUGAAGAGAACACACAUUAAGUCUAACCAGACAAAGAAAGUUAUAAAGAGUAACUAACAGACAUUGUCAUAAGAAAAACUUUUAGAUCUUCCACAAGCAAAAUAAUAAUGCAUUCCUUAUACUGAAUUACUAGAAGAUAUUCCAAUUUAAGUAUAUGUUAUUUACCAGUGAUCUUGGAUUCAAGGAUUUUAGAGUGAGUCAAAGGUGAAUGAGGGUAGCACAAAGGGACGACUACAGAGGCCUCUGCUGUGCUUACAUGAAGGGUGAUCAUCUUUCUCAUGAAAUUAUUGUGGAUAUGAAGGGCAUGUUACAAAAUGGAAAACAUGAAAAACCGAUUCAUAAACAUAAUCUGUCCUUUCAAAUGUGUAUUUUAUUACAUUUACAACACAAUUUCUUUACCUUUUCCGAUUUCUUCAUCUCUCUAGCCAGCUACUUAGAGUGCAGAAUUCAAAGGAGGAAGGAAGACAUAAUUUAACCAUAUUUUCACAUAUCAAUAAAAUUGUCAGUUGCCCCGCAGUUUAUUGUUAAAAAUCCACUUUUUUCCAGUUUAGUAUAAAAGUUUAAAUUAUUGUUAGAAUGAUGGCAUUUUGAACUUGUGUCAAAACUCAGAGAAAGUAUUGUAUGGUGCCUUGCCAAGUAGAUAUAGGAAGGUUUUAGCAUAAAUGCCGAUAUAGGACAUUAAGUGUGAACAAAUACACCUAAUUACCAAAUCACUGCCACUGUAGGUACUGCUGCUGGAAUGAAGAAAAUGGACUCUGUUUUUCUUUUCUUGUUCUUUUAGUUACACAAUUUCCAUGUGGACAUGUUUAUGAUUAUUGUGUAAAUUAGCACUUAAUAUUUAAAGGUACUAAGAAUUACUUUAAUCAUUGUAUUUAAGUUAGCAUGUUAAUUGUGCAGACACUUUGGCACACCAUCAUUUUGAAGUAUAUCAGGCCCUUCAUUUGUGCUCAUAAUAAAAAUAGAAAAAACCUGCUAAGAGUUAUACAUUGGUAUCUUUUAUUUCAAAGUGGGUCAACCAGUUUCUCAAUAUAAAAUUCAUUGAAAGACAAAAAUAGAUGAAUUCUUUCCAUUUGAUGUUACAAAUAUGGCUCCCUGUUAUGGGUAUCUUACAAUAGAAAACUUGUACUUACCCUUUAAUUGUAUGUAAAUAUAUCCUCCCUUUGAAAUGAUUGAACCAACCCCUACUCUCAAAAAAUUCAUCAUUAUAAUCACCUUCAGUUGCUGCAUGUUCAGCUUUUAAAUAUUGAAAAGGCUUCAAGCCUUUUCUUGAACUAAGACUAAUGAUUAAGACUAUGCACCUUUUCUGACUGACCUAUCAAUUCAGUUUAAACACGAAUUUAGAAAUGAAUCACAUUCAUAACCCUACACACAGUGUCGGAGACUUCAGUGUUGACCUUAUGUAAUCUUAAAAGUACAUUUUCUUUUUUAAUGUUUAUGUAUAGUUUACGAAAUAAAGAAUCUUGUGACCAACUUAAACUGUUCAUUAAUGAUUUUCUGGAGUAUAAAAUAUAUCAUGAUUCUUAAAUUUUUUAAAUGAUUACUUCAUACACUAGAGAAACUUAAAAAAUUUGAACUUCAAACAGUUUUUGACAUCAAGAUUUUGUAUUUAUAAAUGUACAAUAUUUUUGUUUCAUUUUUCAUAUUAUUAAACAGAUACUUUUCUUCAUUGGGGUAAUAUACAUAAGCUCAUGUUUGUUAUCAUAUUUAACAUGUCUUAUCAGUUAAUUCUUAAAAGCAACAGAAUUUUUGAAAUGUGGUGAGAUAACCUUACUUCUUUGUCAACUUUAUGGGAAUAUAAAACAUAUCUUGUGGAUUGUUUAGCAAGACAUACCUAUUACUACUUAAAGAGAUUUAGUAAAUGAAUUUAAAUUAACAAAGAUAAUUUUCUUGAAAUUAAUUUAUUUUAAAAGAAGUGUCAAUCUUCAUACUCCCCAGAAAAUAAUAAUCUAAUUUGAUAGCAAAUAUAUAUUAGAAAUGUUGAUAAUGUUGUAUUUCUAAAAGUAUCAAUUAUGUAUAAUACAUUUGUAUGCAUACAUAUCCUAAUAUGUAGUGUGUAUUAAUUUUAUCAUAAUUUGGUUCAUUCUGAAUAUUUGAAUUAAAUCCAGUUUUAUUUAUUUAUUCUCAAAAUAUAAACAUUAAACACCACCUAUAAGUUAGGCAUGCUAGACAAUGUAAUUUCAGCAGUGAACAAAUUAAUCAUGGAACUAAUAUUCCAGCAUUACAGACAAGCUUUGAAGAAUAAAAUUAAUUGCAAAUGUAGAAUAUAGUUUUAAGUACAAGGAAAAAUAAUGCAGAAAAGGAAGGUUGUAGGCAGAUGCAAGUUUGGGUGCUGUGAUCCACGUGCUAUGUGAGGAAAGAUACUUUUGAAGUGAGAGGCCGAGUCAUGAAGGUCUCAAUGGGGAGAACUUUCCAGGAAGACAGGAAGAAGCAAGCGACGACUCUGAAGUACAGUGCCCCUGUAUGUUAGAGGAGCACGCAGGGAGAGACAGUGACUCUGAGAUGCCAGAACUAAGACCAGUCUCUUCAUCUAUUUAGGAUUAUACUUACUUUUCAUUUAAAAUUUUAAUCAUUAAAAACACACUGUAAUGAAACAAAUCAACCAGCUAUUUCCUACCUUUUAAAUUGAAUAAAGUAUAACUUGCCAAACAA